GUAAGUUACAAUCGUGAAGUAUUAUAAAUCAAUACAUUUUUAUUGGUAUAACUCAACCCCUCCUCUUACAGUUCAUAAACUCUUGCAUCCUACCUAUUCUUCUUUAUUGUUCACUGUUAUUCUUUCCUGGUUUGCUUAAAAAGGACUAUGUCACAAUUCGUAGAAUGCUGAAGACUGUCAGUAGGAUGAGUGGUGUCCCAGUGGACUACAUAGUUAACGUCGUUGUCGAUAGACACUUGACUUCGUGCAAUAAACUUGCUAGAGGGAUUUUGUCUGACUUGGAGCAUCCACUUCAUCCUCAGCUUUCACCUUGCAUCUCCUCAGGUAGAACAAGAGGUAACUUCAGAAAAGUGUAUGCUCGCACGUCUAAGUAUAAAAAUUCUAUGAUACCAAACUUGGAACGUAUUUUAUGUGAUGAAAAUAGUGUCAGGCAAGAAUUGACUAACCUUUUUUCAUCUAGUAAAUAAACAGUCUCCUCCAUCCAUCCUUCUAUACCUUCAAGUUUUACUUUUAUUAUUUCUAUUAUAUUUAUGGUCCUGUUGCUUCUUUGUUUUUACUUUCAUAACUGCAAACACCAACUAAUCUCUAUGACUGCUGUAAUCUUUGUUUUUCCCCUCACC